UGGUCAUCUCUCUUUCUCUCCCAUCUGCGAAAGCCGAGGGAGACCGUAACAAAAAACAUUACAUAACCCAAAACAAACACAUCACAAUACCUAUUCCCUCUUACCACACCUAAAUAACCUUAAAACUCCCAUUUCAUGUCUCGGAUCCCGUGAUUCGGAUCCCCCAAGACCCGCUCCCACAAUCUCGUACUUUCCUUUCGGCCGAUCCGGUUGGGAACGCGCCAUGACCCGACGUUGCUCCCAUUGCAGCCACAAUGGGCACAAUUCCAGGACCUGCCCCAAUCGUGGAGUUAAGCUGUUCGGAGUCCGAUUAACCGACGGGUCGAUCCGGAAGAGUGCUAGUAUGGGUAAUCUCACCCAUUAUGCUGGUUCCGGGUCCGGACCUCUCCAUGCGGGGUCAAACAAUCCGGGUUCUCCUGGUGAAACCCCCGAUCACGCUACCGCGGCCGAUGGUUACGCCUCCGAGGACUUUGUUCCCGGUUCUUCUUCGAGCUCCCGUGAAAGAAAGAAGGGUGUUCCGUGGACUGAGGAGGAACAUAGAAUGUUUUUACUCGGAUUGCAGAAGCUGGGCAAAGGUGAUUGGCGUGGAAUUGCAAGGAACUAUGUUAUAUCAAGGACACCUACUCAAGUGGCUAGUCAUGCACAAAAGUAUUUCAUCAGGCAAAGCAAUGUGUCCAGGCGGAAAAGACGGUCCAGCUUGUUUGAUAUUGUUGCAGAUGAAGCAGCUGACACUGCAAUGGUACAGCAAGACUUCUUGUCAGCUAAUCAGUUACCGGUUGAAACAGAAGGCAAUAACUCCUUGCCUGCGCCUCCUCCCCUCGACGAAGAGUGUGAAUCCAUGGAUUCCACAAACUCAAAUGAUGGAGAACCUGCCCCAUCAAAGCCUGAAAACACACAAUCAUCUUAUCCAGUUUUAUAUCCUGCAUACUAUUCUCCAGUGUUCCCAUUUCCUCUGCCCUAUUGGUCAGGAUACAAUCCAGAGCCCGCCAAGAUGGAGACGCAUGAAGUGCUGAAGCCAACUGCAGUACAUUCUAAAAGCCCAAUCAAUGUUGAUGAACUGGUUGGCAUCUCAAAACUGAGUCUAGGGGAGUCUAUUGGUGAUUCAGGCCCCUCCUCCCUGUCUCUUAAACUUCUUGAAGAAGGACCCUCGAGACAGUCAGCUUUCCAUGCAACACCAACAUGUGGUAGUUCAAAUAUGAAUGGCAGUGCCAUCCAUGCAGUUUAAGGGUGUUCCUCGUCUUCCGAGGAAAGGAUUGUUAUGUAAGCAUUACCGUUCAAUGCCGGCCUCAUGAAUGUGGUCUUGUGUUCAUCAUACAUCUGUUUGUGGGGUAACUUAAAUAAUUUUUUCUUUGUCCAUUCACAAUGAUUAACCUAGUUUCUUUAUUUGCUGAUAGGCAGGUCUAGGAGUUACUUGGGUUCUAAACUAAAACUUUGUGUUUGUUUAGUGAUUUCAUUUGUCAGGGUUAUGUAAAGUUAAGGUUUGAUUGUGCAGUUUGACAAUGUACCAAGUUGUGCUAAAUGUUUUCAAGUGCUGGAUUAGAA